AUGCUUCUUCUAGACUACCACAACGUUCUCAUCCACACUCUCCUGACGGAGCGGUUUUCUGGGUACAGCUUCCCCCUCUCCCCGCCUCCGCUAGCCCCGCCCGCGUCAGUCGAUCAGGUCGUCUCAGAUUUCGACGGAGUUACGUUUCAUUUGUCGACGCCCGAGACCAAGACCCAGAUCCUCAUCUCCAUCCACGUGAAAUGCUUCCGCGAGCUGGUUCAGUAUGGGGCGCAGGAGGUGUUGGAAAGGGAAUACGGAUCCUACAUUGUCGCCCCGGAGCCCGGUUAUGAUUUCUCGGUCCUAAUUGACCUGGAAAACCUCCCUGCCGAACAGGAGGCGAAAGACGAACUUGCCAUGCGCCUUGCUCUGAUGAAGCGCAAUGCUAUGGCUGCCCCGUUCGAGAGGGCUUUCGAUGAGUUCGCUAAGCUCUCCGAGGAAGCCUCGAAAUACACCUCUGAAUCGGCGCCCCAGGGAAUCAAGGAAGGAGGUGAGGUGAUGGCUAUCCAUUACCGAGAGGAGGAAGCCUUCUACAUCAAGGCCAACAAUGACCGAGUCACCGUCAUCUUCAGCACCGUCUUCCGGGAAGAGACCGACCGAAUCUUUGGCAAGGUUUUCUUGCAGGAGUUUGUCGAUGCCAGACGGCGUGUUUUGACUCUGCAGAACGCUCCUCAAGUGCUGUUUAGAAACGAUCUUCCUCUGGAACUUGAGGGUGUCCCCGGCCUCCAGGACCCCGGUGACGGCACGAUGAGCUAUGUCACUUUUGUUCUUUUCCCUCGUCACCUGACGCCUCAACGGCGUUAUGAAAACAUCUCCCAUAUUCAGAUCUUCCGAGACUAUUUCCACUACCACAUCAAGGCCUCCAAGGCCUAUAUCCACACCCGAAUGCGCAAGAGGACGGCCGACUUCCUUCAAGUACUCAACCGAGCGCGGCCGGAAAAUGAGGAGCGGGAGAGGAAGACUGCCAGCGGUCGUACCUUCAGGGCCAUCGACUUUAAUUGGACCGAGAUUCCCAAGGAACUGGGUCAUGUCACACAAUCACUGCAAGGAGAGUUUCGGGUUCAUCGUAAGACGACGACUGACGAGAAGAAGGAGUUAGAACAACCCCUCCCCAACUGUCCCAACUUCCCAAAGUCCCAAAUGGACCUGACUCGGUGCCAAAGGAUCCUUGUGGAGCGUUCCGAGUCAUUGUUAUUGGGCGGAAUUGUUCGGAUAAAUGAAGACGAAUGGGCCAGGUCCCAACUCCACCACCUAGAUAUGCAACUUUUGCUUAGUGUCGACGACUCUGCAUGGUUGCUUUUGCGAUUCCAACAGGCGGGAUUUUAG